AUGCCUGAACUAUCUGCGAGGAAGUGGUACCAUUGGUACUCACCAACCGACACGCCAGAAGAAAAGAAGCUCAUCUUGAAGCUUGACCUUCUACUAGUACCUUAUGCAUUUGUUCUCUACUGGGUCAAAUAUGUCGACCAGACUAAUAUCAAUAAUGCCUACGUCUCUGGCAUGGCAGAAGAUCUCGGUUUUCACGGCAACGAGUUAGUCCAGUUCCAAACGAUAUUCGUCGUUGGAAACGUCGUCGGUCUUUUGCCGUUCAUCUAUCUCUUCCCUCGUGUUCCGAUGCACAUACUAGUUCCAAGUCUUGACCUUGGAUGGGGCAUCUUCACACUUCUUCAGUACCGUGCCACGAGCUACGCAGAGAUAAUGGCCUAUCGUUUCUUGGUAUCCAUCUUUGAAGCAUCGUACUUCCCUGGCGUUCACUUCGUCCUAGGGAGCUGGUACCGAUCAGAUGAGAUUGGCAGAAGAGGCGGCUUGUUCUAUAUCGGCCUGACUCUUGGAACGAUGACCGCUGGUCUUCUCCAAGGUGCUGCGACACAGUAUCUCGAUGGCCAUAAUGGUCUUGCUGGGUGGCGGUGGAACUUCAUCAUCAACGCAAUCAUCACGCUUCCGUUGGCUUUUGUUGGAUACUUCCUCUGGCCUGGGACACCUGAUAAGCCCAAUCGAUUGGUCAUGAACAAGUCCGAGAUCGUCCUUGCAAAAGAGCGCUUGGAGCGCAAUGGGUCCAAGGUUCGAAGUACACCCUUUUCGUGGACUUUGCUCCGCCGCAUCUUUACGAGUUGGCAGUUCUACAUCCUGGUAUUCUGGGACAUUCUGUUCUUCAACACCAGUGCCAACACAGCUGCUUUCCUUCUUUGGAUCAAGAGCUUGGAUCGUUACAAUACUACCAAGGUGAAUCAACUAGGAUCUAUCAGUCCCGCUUUGGGCAUCUUUUUCGUCCUGUUCAUCAACUUCAGCGCCGAUUUAUGGAUCGGAAGACCUGCGGCUAUCACGUUAGCUUCUGUGAUUAACUUCACUGGCCUUGUCAUUCUAGCAGUCUGGAACGUCCCUGAAGCGGCAAAGUGGUAUGCUUACAGCGUCGGCUAUUCCGCUGUUGCAGUUUCAUCUGUGCUUUACGGCUGGGCGAAUACCAUUCUUCGACAUAACAACGAGGAGCGAGCGUUGACGCUUAUUCUUAUGACGGCUAUAGCUACGUCAACUCAAGCUUGGAUACCACUCCUUGUGUAUCCUACUGUCGAGGCACCUCGCUUCCCGAAGGGUUACGUUUACUCGGCCGUCAUGGUUGUUCUUCUCGUGGCUAUGACUCAGGUCAUUCGUAUUGUUUAUGGUAGUCACGGGGAAAAGGUGCGCGCCCGACGGGGUAGUCUCAGUGACGAGAGUGAGGAUGGUGAAAUCCAGACACCUCAUGGACUGAGCAUUGACAAAGAUGCUGGCAAGCAUAUACAACCUUCCACGGUGGCUGUUUAA